AUGCUCGACAUGUCUAUCGGCGGGCGCUCAAAAUUGUUGCAAAAUAUUGGUCAACAUCUCGGAAUCGAUGGCCAGAGUGCGCCCGAUAUUAACCUCAAACUCAACGGAUACCUACUGUUGACCAAAGAGUCCGGAGCCGAGCAACUGAUCCAAAAUCAACGAUUACAGACAGAAUUGGGCGCUCAGAUAGACCUAUUAUCUCCGGCCAAAGUUAACUCGAUGUUUCCCUGGGUUAACACCGAUGAGAUAGUGUUGGCCGCGUAUGGGGUGCGCAACGAGGGGUGGUUUGAUCCCUGGGCUCUUCUCAUGGCAUUUAAAGCAAAAGCUCAAUCACUCGGAGCUAAUUAUAUGAACGGAGAAGUAAUCGGAUUUAAUUUGAAAAAUACGGCCCAAACAGAUAGUGACGGCCAUAACAUCCAGACGUGUAAUGAAGCCAUUAUUAGACAAUCUGACGGAACCGUCAAAGCCCUGGCCUUUGGCACCGGUAUUGUCUGUUGCGGCGCUUUUUCCGGUGCUGUCGCUAAAUCUCUGGGCUAUGGAUCAGAUCAAUCGGGUGUCCGAUCAGUUGCUUUGCCAAUUGAGCCCCGGAAACGAUAUGUUUUUGUCUUUCAAUGCAAUGAUGGGCCCGACCCGGACCGGUGUCCGUUGGUCUUUGACACGUCUUCAAUCUACUUCCGACCCGAAGGAAAGGGAGGCAACUAUUUGUCCAGUUUAUGUCCAAUAGAGGCCGAAGAGCCGAGUGUUGAUAACUUAGAUGUCGACUAUUCAUUCUUCGAGAACACAGUUUGGCCACAAUUAGCCCAUAGAGUGAAAGCGUUUGAAUCAAUUAAAUUGAAGACAAGUUGGGCCGGACUUUACGACUAUAACACUAUGGAUCAAAACGCGGUGAUCGGCAAAGACCCCUAUUAUGACAAUAUGUAUUGGGCGGCGGGUUUUAGUGGUCACGGCAUACAAAUGGGAGCCGCAGUCGGCAGAGCUGUCGCCGAAUUGAUUGUUCACAACAAAUAUAAAACCAUUGAUUUGACGCGUUUUGGUUGGGAUCGUGUCCUCAAUGACCAACCAUUCAGAGAGUUAAAUGUUUAUUAA